CAGUUUGAACUAAGCAAUUUAAAACAAGUAACAUUUGUAGAUGUAUCAGCAAACAAAUUCUUCUCCAUCCCAAUAUGUGUACUCCGGAUGUCAAAUCUUCAGUGGCUUGAUAUAAGUAACAACAGUCUGAAAGAUCUCCCACAGGACAUAGACAGGUUAGAAAAAUUACAAACUCUUCUUCUGCAGAAGAACAAGCUGACCUACCUUCCACACGCAUUGGUCAACUUGCCAAAACUCAGUUUAUUGGUUGUGAGUGGUGAUGAUUUAGUUCAGAUGCCCACAGCGAUCUGUGACUCUUCCACAGGCUUAAAAUUUAUAAGCCUCAAGGAUAACCCUCUUGAAACAACCUCAUUUCAGGAGAUUCAAGAAAUAACAGAAAGUGACCGUGAUCGUGAGCUGUUUGAAAAAGAAUUUAUGAAAGCCUACAUUAUAGAUGUACAAGAGAGAGAUCCCAUCUUUCAUCUUGGAGUUCAAGAUAGUUACAUGGAUCGGUUAUUGCAUCUACACCACCUUGUGAGUUACAUCUGUCUGACACAUUAUAAUUAGCCUAAAGUCACCCGCUGAACUCCAUGGAAUGUGGACCUGAAUCUAGAUCACCCUAUUUGCAGUUCAACAACUUAACUACAUUCUCAGAUGGGAUGAAAGAUUUGCAAAUACAGCAGAUAUACAGCAGUAGCAUAUUUUACAGAUCCCCCCCCCCCAGUUUUUUACACAUUUUACAGUGGCUCUCCAUUGAUUGUUUAGGUAGCCUGAUAGGAUAUGCAUGAACUUCAUGAUCACUAUUGCAAUUGUAUUGCUGGAAACCUUAAGUUAUCCCACUUCCUAAAAUAUAUUUCCCUCCUAUAUCUUUUUGAAUGCUAGUCUCAGGCAAAGCUAUUGCCUACUUUCUGAAUUGUGUAAUGGCACAUAAAAAAAAGAAAAGAAGUUAACUUGUUUACUAUACUGUUCCAAAGCUUCUUUUUCCAUUGUGACCUUAGACUUGAAAUAAUUGCCAGUAAUAAAUUGCCAUACAGAAUUACAGUACUUUUUUUUUUUUUUAAAGAGUUUGUGACUUCAUCAUAGGCCACCAGACCUGAAUCCUGAGGUGGAUGGCCACAAAAUGACAGUAACAGCAGAGACAGGAAACCUCUUUACUGCCAUCUAGUAGCUGCCUGGAUGUUUGCAGCUCAGAUAUGGUAGCUCUAUUCAUUAUCAUCCUAUCCAUAUGUAAUAAGAUUUUAAACUCCAGAGAUUUUAAGAGAAUACUUUAUGGUAGUCAUUACUGUGAUGUCAGUGAAUUAAAAUAAAGCCCCCAUGCAAAGAACAUAUGGCUUUCUGCUUUAAUUUCUUACAAGUGAACACCUGUGCUUCAUUUAAAGCUACUGAAGCUACUUUUUCAACACCGAGUUUGUCUAGGAAAUUUCAGCAGUUUAAGUCUGCUAUUUGGACUUGUUUUUGAACAUGUUCUAAAAAGUUACAUGAAAACAAAGAAUUAAAAUUGGCCUGUAAUCAGAAAAAUAAGUCUGGCCUAUGCUUGUUCUUUUUACUUAGUCAAGUUUUCAACUUGUCAUUGCCAAUAAAGUGUGCCUACCAAGGUAUUAAUAAAUACAUAGCUGAUCUACGUAAAAUGGAAAUGUUGGCAAUCUUAAGAUGGCAAGAAUUUCUCUAGAUAGGCGUGCAUUGAGAGAUAUACCACAAAACUUUAGACGUACAAAAAGAGCUAGAUAUGUUUCAGCUGUUUAAAGCUAGAACAAUAUUUAAGAACUAAGCACUUUCAUUACUAUUUGUAACAUUAAUAUUUGUUGGUUAUUAAGUGUUUUUAUCUUGUGCAUAAGACAUAGUUGCGUUUACUUUUAUUUGAGAAAUUUACUUGUUUUGUAGUAUGUCAUUGUUAUUGGUUUAGUGUACAUUAGACUUGUAAAAUAAUUUUGUUUUGCAUAAUCAAUUUUUUCA